AUGAAGAAUAUAAUAUUUUUCAUAAUUAUAUUACAUUUUUGUAGUUUAGAAGUACUUAAGUACGUUAAUACUAGGAAAAUGCUUGAAGUUCAAAAUGAACUUAUAAAUGAAAUUGACAAUCCUCUUAAACAUACAUAUACUAUUAAUAAUGCUAAUGAAAGGAACGUAAACAAAAAGAAAGAAAUUAACUCACUAAAAGAUCCAAGAAAUUUUAAUACUAAUGUGAGUAUGAACAAUGAAAACAUAUUAAGUUUAAAAACAGAUAAAAGGAAUAAAAAAAAUUACGACAUAAAAGACUAUCAAUUAUUUGAUAAAACGUAUGAAAAAGGUGUACAUAAUUAUAAUAGAAUAGGAAAUGAAUUAAACCAAGUAAAAGAUAUAAAUUAUCAUAAUAAGAAAAGUAAUAGCCCAGUGGAACAUAUAAAUGGAAACACGAAUGAAAAUGUAUCAUAUAAAUUAAAUGAAGAAGAUUUAAAUGAAGAAAACUCAAAUGAAGAAAAUUCAAGUGAGGGAAAUUCCAAUGAGAAUAAAUCAGAUAAAAAUAGCUCACAGAAGUUUAUUUCACAUCAUGAAAAAUAUAAUACGAAGAAUUACGAUAAGAAUAAAAUAAAUAACAGUAAAAUGAAAAACAUUAAAAGUAAUUUCAACAAAAAUUUUUUGUAUAGUGAAUUAAAAAAUAUAGAUUAUUCUCAACAUGGUAAUAAUUGGGGUAUGGGGAAGUGUAAAAGUGGGAAGUACCAGUCACCUGUUGACUUACAUUUACAAGGAUUAAAAGAAAGAGAUUUAAAAAAUAUAACUGAUGUUUAUUUAAAUUUAUUUUAUGAUGAUGAUUAUGCUUGGAACAAUUAUAAUAAACCAUGGAUGAAAGGAGAUAUUUUUUAUUAUUAUGAAUACUUAAUAAAGAAAUUAGUUAUUAAUAGAAAAGAUAAUGUUUUUCAAAUUAAGGCAGCAAAUAAUGGAAUAAUUCCUUUUGGCGUUUUAUUUACGACUGACAACCCAACUAUGUUUUAUGCAGAUCAAAUUCAUUUUCAUUCUCCAAGUGAACACACAUUUCAAGGGUCAGGUAAUAGAAGAGAGAUAGAAAUGCAAAUAUUUCAUUAUACAAAUGAUCUAUAUCAAUAUGAUGAAGAAAAAGGGAAAAAUCCCAAAACAAAAGUUAAUUUAAAUAAUAAAUUUAAAAACAAUACAAAUAAAAAGGAGAACAGUUAUCAUUCAUACCUUGUCUCUUUUUUAAUGAAUAGUUUGUCUAAUUCACAAUUGGAGAAAAAAUAUAUGAAAAAAAUGAGAAGUGGUAACAUAAAGAAUCAGUAUCAAGUUUUAUCUAUCACAUUUACUAGUGCAGAAAUAAAUAAAUCUACUAUUGAUCACUUUAGGAGAUUACCAUCGGAAAAAUUUUUAAGAACUAUUUUGAAUGCAUCACAUAAAGUUCCUGUUGGAUCGGAACCCACAUUAGUAGAUUUAGAUGAGGUUCUAAAUUUAGAUGCUCUAAUGAUGAUGCUAAAUAUUGAAAAUAUGGAAUUUUUGUCAUAUCAUGGAUCAUCUACCUUACCUUUAUGUGAAGAAAAUGUUCAUUGGAAAGUAGCCAAACAACCAUUGCCUGUAUCAACCGAAUUAAUCUUAGACUUCUAUAAAAUGCUAAAAAAACAUACACCUAAUUAUAAAGGUAGUGAUAAUGAUAAUUACAGAGUUUUACAAAAUGUAGAAGAUAAUUCAAAAAAUUAUGGAAAAGUUGAUCUAAUUCAAGGUUUCCCAGUACAAGUAUUAAUCUCUUCAGCACUGUCUACAUUGGAAGAUAGAGAAGUUAUUAAUAUUAUAAAAGAUGCUUCUACUAAAUCUUUUUCUAAUUAUCAAUACUUUAAUUAUUUUUUAUUUUACCUUUUUUUUAUAGCACUAAAAUAUUUAUAUAAUAAUUAA